AUGGAGCGGCAGAACUGGACCAUGGUGACGGAGGUCAUUCUUACAGGGAUCCCGACCACCAGAGCCCUCGGCGGCCUGCUCUUCUCGGUCUUCCUGGCGGCCUACUUGGUGACGGUCCUCGGAAACGCCCUCAUCAUCGUGCUGAUCCUCACAGACGGCAGGCUCCAGUCGCCCAUGUACUUCUUCCUCAGCAACCUCUCCUUCAGCGAGAUGGUGACCACAACCUGUGCCGCCCCCACGCUGCUGGGGGGCUUCCUGCGGGGGAGGAGCAGGGUCUCACUGGGGGGGUGCUCCGCCCAGUCCUAUUUCUACUUCCUGUCUGGGUGCACCGAGUUCGUCCUCUUUGCCGUCAUGUCCUACGACCGCUACGUGGCCAUCUGCAGCCCGCUGCAGUACCCCGCCAUCAUGACCGGCUCCCUCUGCGUCCGUCUCGUGGUCCUCUCCUGGGCAGGUGGCUUUCUCCUCAUCCUCCCGUCCACGGUCCUGAAGGCAGGCCUGCCCUACUGCGGCCCCAACGUCAUCGACCACUUCUUCUGUGACAGCGGCCCCCUCCUGCACCUGGCCUGCGCCGACGUCCGCGCCAUCGCGCUCCUGGACUUCCUCAGCUCCCUGGUCCUGCUGCUCAGCUCCCUCUCGCUCACGGUGGUCUCCUACGUCUACAUCGUCUCCACCAUCCUGAAGAUCACCUCGCGCCAAGGUCGCCGCAAGGCCUUUGCCACCUGCGCCUCGCACUUCACCGUGGUCUCCAUGGGCUUCGGGAUCUCCAUCUUUGUGUAUGUGCCCUCCCAGAAGAGCAGCCUGCACCUCAACAAGACCCUCUUCAUCCUCUCCAGCUCCUCACUCCCCUGCAGAACCCCUUCAUCUUCAGCCUUCGGAAUGAAACCAUGAAAGACGCACUGAAGGACGCC